AUGGAAGGCAUAGAGGCUGAGGCGGCUCUCGAGCUGCACACAGUAGAAGCAUCUGCAGGAUCCCCAUGGGACGUUGACAGUUUAUUGGGCUUGAAGCGGGUGGGGCUUUCAGAGACCCCGUCUGGCAGCUCCGCGUCACAAGCUGCUGCCGUUGCUGUUGGCCCGUCCUCCUCAGCGGGAGCACCCUCAGUACCUUCGGGAGCUCCUGAGGGGCCUUCAGGCACCUCCAAAGAGACCCAUACUUCUGCAGAUGCAACAAGUCUGGCGGAAGCGAAUUUGCGGAAUGCGCAGCUCGAAGCAGAGGCGCAGCAACUGCGACACGAGUUGCUUCUGCUGAAGCGGCGCAUGCAGUGCGAAGCAGCAGCACAGCAAGCGCAGCACGAGGCAGACUCCGCAGCAGCACGAGCUGCAUGGGAGUCUGAGAAACAAAAGCUUCUAAUCAAGAACCGAACUCUUCAAACUACCGUAGACCAGACCCUAGCGCGAUAUGAAGAGGACGUGCGUCUCUUGGGUCAGGCACGUGGUUGUGUGUUGCAGCAACAGCAGCUCGAGCAGCAACAACAGCACGAGCAGCAGCAGUUGCAGCUGCAGCAGGCCUUGCAGGCGGAGAGAGACCACUGGUCAGCUCGCCUGCAGGCUGCAAAUGACGAAUGGCGCAGAAGAUUGCAAGAUGAGCAAAGGCAGGCAGAGGCCAAACUGCAGCAGCAACAACGGGAACCCUUCUCGCUGCUGCAGGAAAUUCCCGCCUGGCACGAACUGCACUCCCUUGCCCAAGAGUCCCGGAGACAUUCCGAAGAAUUCAAACGCCUAUUGCAGUCGUUGCAGAAGCAGCAGCAGCAGCAGCUACAGCAGCAGCAGCUACAGCUGCAGCAGCUGCACCAGCAGCUACACCAGCAGCAACGGGCGGAGGUCGCUGGCACUGAGAAAAAGUGUGAAUCAUGUGGGCGGCAAGCAGAGAUGGAAGGCGCAGUGGCAGCGUUGCAGCAGCAGCAGCAGACUCUGCAGCAGCAGCAGCAGGCGCUGGCGCUACUGGCUCAAGAGACAGCUAAGCUUAGGGAUGAGACGGAGCAGCGCACGAGGGUAGCUUCUGCAAAGCUGGCAGCAGAGUCGCUGCAGCUGCAAAGCUUGCACCGUUCGCUCUUGGAAAGCCGGCAACAGCAGCAGAUGCUCCAGCAACAACAACAGCAGCAACUCCAGCAGCAGCAACAGUUCAUUGAGCAACAGCAGCACGCCUUUGCACAAAGGCAGCUGCAGGCGGAAAUUUUAUGCCUCACAAUAUCCACAAGCAUGAAAGCACAAGAGGCCCUGAAACUGCGAAGCGAUGCAGAGGAACAUGAGAAGUGGCUGGCACUUGAUCAACUCUUGCGCGUCAUGUUUGUUAUCUGUGGAUUUUGCUGCGGGUGUAGACAAGAACUGACGGAGACGGCUUUGGCUUUGGAGGAGAAAAGGCGGGAGCUGCGGCGAUGUUUUGAAGAUAUGGAGGUGCAGCGAUUGGCAUUCGAAAGCCGCGCUGCCGCUGCUGCAGCACAAGCAGAGGCGGCGGCUGCUGAGGCUCGAGAUGCCAAGAUCCUGCAGCAAGAAAGUCUUCAAGCCAAAGAGGCUGUUCACAAACUCCACCUCCAGGCCAAAGACGUACGCAUGAUCUGCACUCGCCGCCUCACAUUCAACCCCACAUGCAGAGCAAUAGGGAGACCACACUGCAUAAAAUAA